AUGGGGGAUACAGAGGAAAUCGAUAAUAAUGCUCACAACCUCGAGAAUGAAAUGAUGGAGAUUGGAGGACGAAACGAAUAUGAAUAUUCCGCAGAGCCGCUGCAGAUUGACGACGAUGUUUUGUACGAUUCUGAACACCUGGAAGAAUCGGAACAGCCGGCACACGAUGUUUGCUCGGAUUUUAGUAUUGAGUCUGAGCCAUCGACUUCCAAGGGUCUACCAGCAAAAAAGAUUAAUCGGAGUUUCUGCGCCAACAUGAAAAGUAUAACGGCAGUAUUGAGCGGAAAGAAGUUCAGAUUCCAAGCCCCAGUUUACUUGAAGAAGUUCAAAAAUCAAAAGUCAUCUGAAAACUGGGGGACGGUUAACGUUGAUGGAGACACAACCGAAGAAGUUGUUUUAAAAAUUUGGGAGUUCUGUUCCAAGUUUGUUUAUCGCGCCGUUUCUUUCUCGGAACCGUCCGAUUCACGAGCUGACCCUAAGUGGGCUGAAUUUUCGCCGAAAUACGAUGAACGUGAUACAUUUAUUGUUUUUCAGGAUCAAUCUAGCAAGAAAAACAUUGCUCCCUCUAAAGUAGAUAGCAAUACUUUGGUAAAUUGGCUAGUAAAAGAAGUUUUCGAAAUCGUAUACAAGUACUCGGAAUCAGUUACAAGUCUUGAGAAAUGGCGUCUUGUUGAAAACCAGCUCCUUCGCCCAUUAGAAACUGACCGUUCGGGUGCGGAAUCUGUAACUUCCAUAAACCGGCUGAAAGAGGAGCUCAAACGCAUACACGGAAAGUACCUAUCAGGUGACGACGUUAAUUGGGGAUGCUGGGCAUGUUGGAUAUCGAGCAAGCCGUAUGACCAACGAGAAGAUUUGAAAAACCAGGCGCCUCCCGAACAUCUUAUUAACCUUUUUUGCAGUGUACCUGUCCAUAGUGACACAAUUUUGGUAAAAGCAAGACUUGAUCUACAGGUGGCCAACACGGUUAACUCUGCAUUCCGAAACAUAAUCGGCGAACUGAAAAAUGAUCACCAACAAGCGAGCAACAUAUUGAAUAUUAUGGGAGAAAAGAUUUCGAUGAUGGAGGCUAAGCAGAAAGAAUACGACGAUAUGUUAGCAGCAAUGAACACUUCAGUGAGUGUGAAGGAGAAUAAAUUUUCGGUUGAGCUUGCUCAUAGUAUUACAAACUGCCUCGACGUAGAUCAUGAUUUGAUUUAAGUUUGUUUAUUUUUACCUGUGGUUGAUUAAAAACAAUUUCCGACAGAAACCGAACAUCGUUUAUUCGCAAAUAUUUGAUUAUCGAUUUAUGACAAUGGAUUCUCGCUCCAUCGAGAAUCCAUACAGAGUAUGCUCCAGGAUUUCGCUGUACUAGACAGGAAGUAGCGAAAGAACGAACUCAGUUGAAAAAUUUUUCUCUGUUAAACGUGCCUUCGGUGGAAUAGGUAUCGAGUACUCUGUUGUACCCUAUGAAACUGAGCAGGGAACAGCGAGGCCGACGUACAAAUUCUCCUCUGUAUAUGAUUUUUUGCCCAACUGGAGCAUACCCUUUAUUUCUGAGCAUGCUUCGGUUAUCGCACGAUGCUUCGUCGAGAAAUACCAGUGAAUGAAUAUCCCAGGUGACAAGAGACAUAUCCGAGGCAAACCUGUAGAUAUCCAGUAUUCGUAUUUGGAUUGCCCAGCGUUCUAAUACUUUCCAGGAGAGUCCUUCUUCAUGAAGGAUUCGGCAUAUAGAAGCUGUUGAGACGGUUGUUCGAUGUUUCGCAUAUAUUUUCGCAAGUGUAUUUUUACUAAAUCCAAGAAAGUAAUAUCCAUACAGACAGUGAUACACUGUAUUAGAUGAACCAUGCUGAUACAAAACUUGCUUCAGGCUGUCUACCAUGAUUCCUUUCUUGGAUUGGGCUUUCCAAUCUGAAGAUCUCCGGCUAGUCUUUUACUGCAGAUAAAUAACAUAUGAACAUAAGUGCAACU